CCGUCAAAAUAAUUGCUGUUCUUUCUUUUUAUCCUCUCCGUAUUAGUUUUUUUUUUUUUAAAAUGAAGUAUCAACAUAAUACCAUCUACUAUGGUAGAGCCAUAACGAGUCGACUAAUUCUGUUGGCUUGGCUUGCCAACACCUGCACAACUGGACCAGCACAUCGGGUCGACAUCGCUUUAAUUAAUACAUCACCUGUUCCAAUUAAGACAAGUGCGAUGCAGCUCACUCGGUCACAAACAUGCAGUGUGACUACACAGCAUAGGGCCUAAUUUCCAGCAACAUUUGCACAGAGGGACGUCGAACUCGUUCGCUGCUAACUACGUACUUUAAACACACAAAGCCUUGCAGAUGUGACACAGUUGCAAUGGUCCGAAUUUUGAUCAAGAACUUGUGGAAAUACUCUACGUGGCGAUAAGUCGAUAACAAAUCGAUAGUAAAGACCCCCACCUAUUUGCACGUCGGAUACAAGUUUCUACACAUCGUAGGACGAAAGAACAGUAGUUUUGUGUGUCAUCUAAUCUUGCAAUAUGAGACAGGACACCUAAAUAUAAUGAUUGUUCCAACAUAAAACCAACGAAAUGCAGCAACAAUUCCAUUGCGCCCGCCAUGCUAAAUUGCAAAGACUAACACGAGGCUGGGCGAUCACUACGGAAGCGCUCACGGAAAGGAUGACUGGGCAUCAACCGAUCCGACAAACAUUCGGAUUGCCUUCACGUUCCUUGACAGCAGAAAAAUCAUCCAAUAGUUGAUGUAAAUUACCUCUCGUCGGCCUAGUUAUCCGUCCAAGCAUCUGUACGACUCUCCUCUUUAUGACUAGUUUUCUCUUUCCAGCUCGGGUAAGCGGCUGGCCAAAACAACUGCAAAAUAAAAGAAUCAAAUUUAAUUAGUGAAUGUUGAAUCAACGGCGAGAAAUAAAACCACUUAACAGUAACGCUUUAAUUAUGUAGCCCAUCUUCGAUGCACUCAGUCCCACAAAACGCAACUGCAUUUCCACUUUAAAAUUGCCCCGUCAAAUGUAAUUUUCAAGAAUCAAAAUCACAAGAAAAAUAACAGAUGUCUCCAGUGGUUGUGUAAAACAAACUUUACUAAUAAACGUAGCACGUCGAUUGACAUACGAUAGUGGUAUCUGUAUGAUCAAUCAAGAUUAGACGAUAUCAACUAAGGGCGUUGGCCAUUUGCUGACUUGGACUAAAAGAAGGCAACAGCGCCAUUCGGAAACUCGAAACAUCCAACAACUUUCUUUUCGUGGUGUGUAUCGACAUAAUGGAGGGGAAAAAAAUUACGUUCGAACGUAAUGCUACAUUAGGAAAAGGUGCUUAUGGAUACGUUUUUAGAGGCAAAUUUGAAGGCAUUCAAGUCGCAGUGAAAAGAGUUCUCCUUGAUGGCAACAUCAAAAGAAACGAAGAAGAAUGUUUGAAAAAAUUGAAACAUCCGAACAUUAUCAAACUUUUUCAUAGUGAAAGUGACGAUGACUUCAUAUUCUACGCAUUAGAAUUGUGUGAUGCCUCGCUGGAUCAACUGUUUUUGGGGUCGGAUGAUCCCCGAAAAUACAACGGACCUAUGCCACCUGAUAUCGUAGUGUUUCUUCAAUUAGCUUUAGGUCUUGAAUACAUCCAUUUCAAUAAAUUAAUUCAUCGAGAUAUUAAACCAGCAAAUAUCCUCAUUUCCGUUCGUUCAACUGACCGAAGUGAUGAGGUAACAAUCAAAUGGGCUGAUUUUGGACUGUCAAGAGCCGUAAAUGAGCGGGGGACGUUCACGUUGAGCGAAAUCAAAGGAACAGCAAAAUGGCGCGCCCCCGAGUCCCUGAAAUUGCUGGAAAACGCGCAAGAGGAAGAUGAGCCUCGAGGCACCGUUCAGAGCGACGUGUUUGUCCUAUGCCUCGUCUUCGGCUAUCUUCUUCUGAAGGGAGAUCAUCUCUACGGUUCCAAAGGAGAUAAUGUUGAAAAAAACAUUAGAAAAGGAAAUCCAGUGAAUAUGCAGAAAAUUAAUGGUGAAUUGCGCAAUUACUAUGAGUAUGACUUACUAAGGAAAAUGCUGGAAGACGACCCGCAAAAAAGAAUAACUUCGAAAGAAGUCGUCAAACAACUGAAAUCCAUCAACAAAAUGCUCACUAAAAAAAGAGAAGAAGAAUUGCGUCAACUAUGUGCCCGUGACUCUCCGUCUGAUCUAAUAGAAAAAAUUAAAGACUUAAUCCACCUGGGAAUUGAUGUGAAUGCAAAGGAUGAAAUAUAUGGACGGAAUGCGCUCCAUUAUUUGUGUCGAUUCAAUUCAAACUCGAAUUUAAUCGAUGCAAUUCAACUCUUAAUCCGCGAGGGAAUUGAUGUCAAUGCAAAGGGCAACGAUGGACGGAAUGCGCUCCAUUAUUUGUGUCGAAACAAAACCAACACAAGUUUUAUCGGCGCAAUGCAAACCUUGAUCGAAAAGGGAAUUGACGUCAACGCAACGAACAAAUAUGGAGAAAAUGCUCUUCAUUUAUUGUGUGGAAACUAUUCAACCUCAAACUCAAAAGAAGCAAUUAGAAUAUUAAUCCAAAAUGGGAUUCGCGUCAUACCCAACGGCAACGACCCACGAUCUAUUUUACGCAAAAACAAUGAACUGAGCAACACAGAAAAGAAAGAAAUUCUUAAACUCCUUGAUGAAAUGAAAAUAAAGUUCGACCAGCGUGAUAAAUUAGGAAGUGGUGGUUAUGGCUCCAUGUUUAGAGGAGAGUUAAAAAAUGACGCAGUUUGCCUUGCAGUAGCAGUAAAAAGAGUUUUACUAAAUGAGGUAAAUGCAAACGAAGAAAAAGCUUUGCGAGAGCUUGAGACCCAUCAAAACAUCGUCCAACUUUUCCAUUGUGAAAGCGACGACAAUUUCAGGUACUACGCAAUGGAAUUGUGCAACGCCUCUUUAGAUCAGCUGUUUUUGAAUUCGAAUAAUCCAAAAAAAUACAACGGACCUAUGCCACCUAAUAUCGAAGUGUUUCGUCAAUUAGCUGAAGGCCUGAAAUACAUACAUUUCAAGCAAUUAUUUCAUCGAGAUAUUAAACCAGAAAACGUCCUCAUAAAGCGACCUCCUCGUCAAGAUGACGAGACAAUAAUCAAAUGGGCUGACUUUGGAUUGUCAAAAGACGUAAAUGAGCGGGGAACCCGGACGUUGAGUGGAAUCAAAGGAACAAAUACUUGGUUCGCCCCUGAGUCCCUGAAAAACGCGCAAGAGGCAGGUGAGCUUCGAGGUACUGUCAAGAGCGAUGUGUUUGUCCUAGGCCUCGUCGUCGGUUACCUUUUCUUGAACGGCAAACAUCUUUACGGUAACGACGAGAUAGAAAUUCACUACAACAUCAAAGAAAAACGUCCGAUUAAAAUUGGAGAAAUUGCAACUAAACUGCGAGAGUGUAAUGCGUAUAACAUACUUAGUCAUAUGUUGGAAGACGACCUUCAAAUAAGAAUAACAUCGGCACAAGUCGUCGACGAACUAUCAAAUUCCAGGGGAACUGCACACACUCCAGAAUCGAACAACCAUCUUGACAAUUUUCUAUUAGAUUCGAAUCGGAUUGCACGCGAGGAAAAAUCGCAUCGGAUUGCACGCGAAGAAGAAUUGCGUCGAUUAUGUGCCCUUGAAAAUUCGUCGGAUCUAACAAUAGAAAUUGAAAAUCUAAUUAAGAAAGGAAUCGACAUCAAAGCAAAGGACCGAUUUAGAAAAAAUGCGCUACACAUUUUGUGCGAAUUGAAUUCAAGCUCGACGUUAAUCGAUGCAAUUAUACUGUUAAUCGAACAGGGAAUCGACGUGAAUGCAAAGGGCAACCAUGAACUGAACGCGCUCCAUUAUUUGUGUCGAAACAAAACAAACCCAAGUUUUGUCGACGCGAUGAAAACCUUGAUCGAAAAGGGAAUUGACGUCAACGCAACGAACAAAUAUGGAGAAAAUGCUCUUCAUUUAUUGUGUGGAAACUAUUCAACCUCAAACUCAAAAGAAGCAAUUAGAAUAUUAAUCCAAAAUGGGAUUCGCGUCAUACCCAACGGCAACGACCCACGAUCUAUUUUACGCAAAAACAAUGAACUGAGCAACACAGAAAAGAAAGAAAUUCUUAAACUCCUCGACAAAGCUGCGCUUACCCAGGGGUGAUUAGACAAAGACUCGACACUCGUUAUCUUAAAACGGUCACUUUGCUGUUUUUGUAGUCCUUCAUUCGUUUAAGUAAAAUAAACUAGGAGAGAU